CUGAACUGCAGUCAUGCCCUCACCUGAGCAGUCGGGCGCAUCAACGCCGUUCUCAACUACAACGACGCUCUCGGCACCUUCCACUCCGAAGCUCAAGGAAGCGGCCAAUGACCUCCAGAGGAUUGCAGACGCCGGCGCUAUAACCGCCUCCACGCUUGUCGAGUAUAUCGCUUCGCGUAACACCUCCAGCUCCUCCGUCUUCGUUUACGAUCUCGCAGAACAGGCUGGCUUUGGCACGCUCACAAAGUCAUGGUCCGAGGCCGGAGAAGCUACUGCGCCCGUCGUCAGCCUCCAGACUCGCGCAGGAGCAGGUCUCAGCUUGGUCGGCCGUCUCUCCCAAGGCUCUAGCAAGGAUGCCGCAAAAAGUGCCGUCCUCACCGCCUACACCACCCCUUCUGGGCUGGCCGCCAUGGUCCAGUCGUUGUCCUACCUUCCCCCAGCGACCCCGACGAGUAGGUUGGUCAUCCAGGUCCCGACCGUGACGCCCGUGGGAGAGCACUUUACUCUCUCGCCCACCCUCGCGCCCUUUACCCCCGCGCUGACCCUCCUCCCGGAGGGCUUCACCGUGCUCCUCUCGGCAACCCCGCAGGAGACGGUUGCGCUCGCUGCACUUGCCUACAAGUUGACGGGUACGCAUGUCGUACAUCUUUUCGACCACCACAGCUCCGCUCGCGAGACUGGCCAUACCUCCAGCCCUCUGACCGUCGUACCGGAGCCUGGUCUGACCCUCGAGGAUGGCCUCAAGGCUGCCGGAUAUGCUACUCUCGAAUACGCAGGCAGCCAGGAUGCCGAAGCUGUGAUCGUCCUGCUCAACGGUCCUCUCGCGCUCACCGCGAAGGCACUUGCGAGCCGCGUCCCUGGCUUGGGGGUACUCAUCGUCCGCGCCCUUCGCCCUUGGAACGAGGACACUCUUCGUAGCGUUCUGCCUGCAUCCGCCAGGCGCGUGCACGUCUUCGAUGACGUUCCCACCGAGAGCACUCAGGGCUCGCUGUAUCUGGACGUCUUCUCUACGCUCCUGGACCCCCUGAAGGCGGGUCCCAUCGUGAAGUCCCACCGCAUCGUCCCUGCGCGCACUCAAGAGUUUAUCAACAGCCCUGCGAGCUUCGCCAGCUACGUCUCGGAGUUGCUCCCUUCCCGAACUCCUGUUCUUCCGUCCGAUGCUCCCACUCUCAAGAAGCUGCUGUUCUUCAGCACCCCCGGUUCAUCGCUGUCUCCCCUUCCCCGCAUGGUCGAGACGACCUUCCUGGCCCACAAAUCGCUCACCUCGCGCUUGCUAACCGACCACGAUGUCUUCUCCAAGCCCGGGGGCGUCACCGCUGACAGGAUAGUGCUCUCGCCCAAGGGCGACACCCAGCCUUUCGUCCCGCUCUCGGCCAUCUUGCCGAUCUCAUACGAGAGUACCGGAGUAGCGAACUUUGUCGCGGUGCUCGACCAGUCCCUCCUCAAGUCCCACGAGGUCCUCAGCCAUGCCGCGCCGGGCUCCCCGGUGCUCGUUGUCACGGAUUGGACGCCGGCAGAGCUCGCGACGACCUUGCAAAAGGAAACGGUUGCGCUCAUCCAGGAGCGAAACCUCCACCUCUGCACGCUCGACGCGAAGAAGCUCGCCGCCGAGCUCGCCCCAAGCAACAAGCACGUCCACAAGGUCCUCGAGAACGUCAUCGUCCUCCUCGCGUUCCUCCGCCUGUACCUCGCGGCGGCGGCCACAGAGGAUCUGGUCCGCAAAGUCGCCGCGGCGGACCUCGGCGAGCUCGUCCAGGGCGUCGAGCUCACGAAGCUCGUCCACCAGGCGUGGACCGGCCUCGUCGAGAUCGACCUCUCUUCACCCCCGGACUCCGAGCAGCCAGCGUCGUCGACCCCGCUCAAGCACUUCGAGUUCAACGCGAUCGCCGUCGAGACCGCCGAGGGCGACACUGUUGUCAACGGCGCGCGCCUCGGCUCCUGGCACGACGCCGCCAAGCACAUCCUUUUCCCCUCCGCCUUCACCCCCCCUGACGCCCUCUCCUUCUCCUCUCCCUCUUCUUCGUCGCAGGGGCAGAACCCCGCGCUGCGCCCGGAGCUGCCGGAGCGCACGUUCCUCGUGACGUGCACGGUGAACCGGCGGCUCACGCCGCUCGAGUACGACCGGAACGUGUUCCACCUCGAGUUCGACACGCGCGGGACGGGGCUCACGUACGAGAUCGGGGAGGCGCUCGGCGUGCACGGGUGGAACGACGGCGGGGAGGUGCUCGAGUUCUGCCGGUGGUAUGGGGUCGACCCCGCCAAGCUCAUCACGCUCCCCGUCCCGGGGUCGGGCGCAGAAGGCGAGGGGAGCGCGCGGGUGCACACGCGCACGGUGUUUCAGGCGCUGCAGCAGCAGGUGGACCUGUUCGGGAAGCCGACGAAGACGUUCUACACGGAGCUCGCGGAGCACGCCGCGGACGUCGCGGACCGGUACGCGCUGCGGUUCAUCGGGAGCCCCGAGGGCGCGGCGACGUUCAAGAAGCUGGGCGAGAAGGACACGGUGACGUUCGCGGACGUGCUGCGGCGGUACGGGAGCGCGCGCCCGGGCAUCGAGGUCCUGUGCGAGCUCGUGGGGGACAUCAAGCCGCGGCAUUACAGCAUCGCGAGCGCGCAGGCCGUCGUGGGCGACCGGGUGGACCUGCUCGUCGUCAGCGUCGAGUGGGUGACGCCGAGUGGCUCUCCCCGCUACGGCCAGUGCACACGGUACCUCGCGGGCCUCAAGGUCGGCCAGAAGGUGACCGUCUCGAUCAAGCCCAGCGUCAUGAAGCUCCCUCCAGACAACACGCAGCCGCUCAUCAUGGCCGGCCUCGGCACCGGCGCGGCGCCCUUCCGCGCCUUCCUCCAGUACCGCGCGCACCUCGCCUCGCAGGGGCUCCCCGUCGGGCCCACGUACUACUACUUCGGCUCGCGCCACCAGUCCCAGGAGUACCUGUACGGCGAGGAGAUCGAGGCGUUCAUCCUCGAUGGGACGAUCACGCGGGCCGGGCUCGCCUUCUCGCGCGACGGCCCGCGCAAGGUGUACAUCCAGCACAAGAUGCGCGAGGACAGCGCGGAUCUCGCGCGCAUGCUCUGGGCCGAGAAGGGCGUGUUCUACUUGUGUGGGCCGACGUGGCCUGUGCCGGACGUGUACGAGGCGCUUGUGGAGGCGCUGGGGUCGUACGCGGAGCUCGAUCGGGAGAAGGCGGGCGCGUUCUUGGAGGGGCUUAAGGAGGAGGAGCGGUAUGUCCUCGAGGUCUACUAAAAGGACCGAGGAUGAUUGAGUCUUGGGUACCCGAUGUCAGAAGAUAUCUACUGAGAUGUACAUGCAUUUAUACAACACUAGAUACCUCUGCAAUCAUCAUGCAAUUGGCAGAUAUGUAGUUGAUGAGUAGUAAAGUAGUAGUGUCCAACGAUGCUGUCAAGAGUCCACGCGCGUCCGUACAAAGCCGCAAGUUCAGUCCGUGCAAAGUACCUCGCCCACAAGCUACAGUUACCGAAGGGGAGUCGGCUCAUAACCGGUAGACCGCACAAAGAGUUAGUACCUCCUCCCUCGCCCGUGCGUCUUCGAGGUCCACCACCAGUACCCAGCGAGCGCAAUGAUCGCCAGGCCCACCACGCUGACCACGACCCCAAUAGCGAUCUUCGCCCCAGUGCUGAGAUGGCCCGGGCCGUGCUUGCAGCCAGUGCUCACGGCCGCGUCGCACGGGGACCCGCUCGGCUUCACGGCGGCGUACGAGCCCGGCUGGACCUGCGUGUACCACGGAUCGCCCGAGCCCACGACGAGCGCGUUCGCGGCGAGCGUUAGCAGGGGCGCGUUGUAGUCGAGCGCGACCUCGUUCUCGACCCAAUCGCUCCGGAGGUCGUAGAACAGGUCCUUCGGGCUCGGGCCGCCGACGACGCCACCGUAGAGGAUGUACGCCUCCUGUGGCGGGUCGUUGGCGAAAUCAGAGGGUGCGAGAACGGAGGGGUCGGGGGACACCCAGCCGGUCGAGAUCGCAGAAUGAGGGUUCACAGGGGAGUCGGGGUGUACGCCGACGACGUAAGGGACGUUCAUUGGAUUCUUGCCCAUCACGUAGUCGAUUUGCCCCUGUGCGUAUGCGCGGUACUCGUCCAUCUGGCUGCUGCUGAUGCCCGUUGCGGCAUAGAUCAUCAUGAGCAUGGCCGUGUUGAGAGCAGGGUUCAGAGACGCCUCGUCCGAGUCGCCGGGGAAGUAUAGUAACCCGCCGUUCGUCAAGUACGAUCGCCCGUUCUUGUUGAUGAAGACGUUGAAGUACUGUUCGACAGCGCUCUGCCACAAGUUCAAGGUGACAUUGCUGCCAGAGACGACGUUCGGAUACGCAUUUGCAAUGGCAGCGCCAAGGAGCGGCACAGCAGGCGUCUUGGAGUCCCAGUUGAACACGGCCUCCUCGCCCGCCUGCAAGGAAAACGCAAGGUUUCCGGAGUAAUACCACUUGAUGGCGUCGUUAUAGUACGUAGACGCGUUCGAGCCCGUCUCCGAUAGCGCGAGGAACAUGGCGGCAAUCGCGAGCUCGUCCUUGUAGUCUAAAGACGCGUACCCGUCUCCGGCGGCCGGAACUGCUUUUUGGUACAGCUGCAUGGGCGAGUUUGUGGCGAAGGCGUAGAGAUCGCGCGCAUGCCCCUGAAGCAGCGCAGCAUAGGUCGCGUUCUGGAGGGUGGAGGUAGAGCUGGACGCCGAGAGCGUGCGGUUAUUGUAUAGGGCUGAGCAAGCGGCAAACGCCGCUGCGCCUUGAGCUGCAGCGUCCGUGCCAGGGCUUGUGCUGUUGAUCUGGAACGAGGGCCGGGGAGUAGGUAUGCCUUGAUCUCCUCCCCAGUAAUUGUUGUCCACGUUGGGGUCGCCGACUUCGACGUAGAAUGUAUUUGGGGAGGGAUGAGCCUUCAUGAGCCAGUCCAAUCCCCAGCGGAGAGCGUCGUCGAGGUAUGCAGUUUGAUUAGCAAGGUCGUAUCCUCGGCCAGAUGUGAGGGCACCGAAGCAAAUAGACAUCAUAGAGAAUGACAUAGGGAACGUGAACUUGACAUAGUCUCCUGCAUCGUAGUAACCCCCGGUGAGAUCGAGACCCGCAUCCUUGCCAUCGUCAAGAGCGCUGUCAUUGCGCCAGAGGACUCGCUUAUUUGGGGGUAGCUUCCCACUGCGUUGCUCUUCGUAGAAGUAGAGCAGGUUGCCGACGACAUUGGACCAUUGCUGAUUAGGCGAAGUGCCAUUGGAGGAUUGUGUCCCGACGGAAGCAUUAGGAGGCAGCCAUGGCUGGGAAGGGAGAGGAAGCUGGGCAUGAACUAGAGGGAGCGUAAGCAGACAUGGCGACAACACAGACGCGAGCCACAUCGGGUGAUGAGGGAAGGAUGAGGAAGGGAAA